ACACGAGCGGCGGAUUCCUGUUAGCUUAGCCCCUUGAGCGGGCAGCCUCGACUGGAUCACACAGGAUUCGUUUGUAUUAGGGACUGCUGCUGCUGCCGCUGCUGCUGCUGUUGCUGUUUACUCCGUGUGGUUCCCCAUAGAGAAGACACAAUCCCGAGUGAGAGGCAGCGAUACAAUUGCCGAAUGUAACUUACAGGAGAGCGGAUUACCAAAGGACAAAACACUGGAUAUGCAGCAAAAAACCCUGGUUUGGCCACGUCUGCCAUAAAGCCCAGCGUGCCUCCGAGCCGGAUGGUGUGUCUCGCCUACAGCUAAAGCCUACGCCGCCACACCGAUAAGAUACCAGCUCGUCAAACGAACGAAUCGUCUUGUAACAUUGAUCUGUGAGGAUAUUUCCAGGAAGAUUUUUACGUCCUCGAAUGAUUAAGCCGAAUAAGAAUCGGGAGAAAAGUCUCACAUUUCCUAGCAUGUGUUCUGGAAAGUCUAAAGAGCCCCAUCCUCCUGUUACUCGGUUGUAGAUGGCGUUCCUGCAGCAGUCUGGAGACUACUGCCACGCGCAACAUCCCCAGGUGUGACUCUGUGGGCUUCGUGACCAGUCUGGCCCCCUUGCCCGACCUCCACGCAAGUUGUGGAUCCAAAAACCCGGAGAACGCCAUUCUUGACCCCCACAGUCCCCCACCCCCUUUCCAAGUGCCCCGCGUUCAACUCCUCAGAUGGGGUCACUACCCUCGCUGACCAAAGAAGUAAAAAGAUAAAGGGAGGAGGGAGGAGUCUUAAGGAUCUGAAGGACUUCAAAGAUUGUGUUUUUACCAGAGAAGAAACAGCACAGGAGAGGAGGAGACGCUAAAGAUCAAGAACUUUUUAAGACAUUUUUAAGGCAAAAUAAAAAUCAAGCCGAUUGUGGACUUACAGGCGCAGGACAGCGUCGUCAGUGUUUUUUUGAAUUUUUUUUGGAAACAUUUUACACUCUUGUACAAACAUAGGUUUACCAACUGAAACAAGCAUGGCUCGGAUGAACAGGCCAGCUCCUGUGGAGGUGUGCUAUAAGAACAUGCGCUUCCUCAUCACACAUAACCCCACCAACUCCACCUUAAACAGCUUCAUCGAGGACCUAAAGAAGUACGGCGCCACCACAGUAGUUCGAGUGUGUGAGGUGACCUAUGACAAGGCCCCGCUGGAGAAGGACGGCAUCACAGUGGUGGACUGGCCGUUUGACGAUGGCGCGCCGCCUCCCUCCAAGGUGGUGGAGGACUGGCUGAGUCUGCUCAGGAGCCGAUUCCUGGAGGAGCCCGGCUGCUGUGUCGCCGUGCACUGUGUGGCAGGACUGGGGAGGGCUCCAGUUCUUGUGGCCUUGGCACUGAUCGAGAGUGGAAUGAAAUACGAAGAUGCCAUCCAAUUCAUUCGACAAAAGCGCAGAGGAGCCAUCAACAGCAAGCAGCUCACCUACCUGGAGAAAUAUCGCCCCAAACAGAGACUGCGUUAUAAGCACCCACACAUUUUCAAGAACAAGUGCUGUAUCAUGUGACCCCCAUGGACUGCGAGAACCACACCCCCCCCUUCCGACGGAAACUACGUAUCUGAAUCGACGUGAAAAACAAAACGAAAUGGACUCGGACAGCCACCUGAUGCACUUUGCUGUUCUAGGAUGACAAUGCGAACUGGUCUAGGUUUGGGUUGAGCUUCCACGGGGUCUGAAUGAACUCCUGGAGAAAGGGGGAAGGGAGGGGAGGGAUGGGGAAGGGGAAGGGGAGUGGGAGCAUUUGCUCCCAGAAUUGGACUGCAGCCAAGACGUUGGAGAUGAUGAUGGCGCCUCUGCCUUAAGCCAUCCUGGUUCUUAGACAUGCACCAACAGUUUGACCGACCACCACCCCCGACCCCCCCCACACCCCACAACACACGCCAAAACAUUACUAUGGUCUUCUGUUAUUGGCUGCAUUUUGGGUCAACCAAUAUCCCUCUUCCUGAAAAACACAAAUCAUAGAUGGAAAAAACGACAACAACUAAUUGCCUUUGAUGAGUGUUGGUAAGAGUGAGAGCUAGCUGUGCAACAACAAAAUGUGAAUCGUGUGGGGACUUAUGGGAAAUGUAUUCUAUUGUGCCUGCUCUUUUAAAUCUCUCUCUCUCUCAUUUUGUCUAUGAAUUGUAAACGGUCGGGAAAGAAAGGCCCUUUUUGCUCACCUGCUGUGGACAUUGCUACGAUGCUGCUUUGUGCUGGUAUACUUCCUCAUCAUGCUUCAGUGUUUCGUUUGUGAGCGUGCUCAGUACAGCCGGUUUUUAGCACUUGAAGGGGGACGAGGCCUGUGUCACUUGACUGCAGCAAGGGGAUUCGAUGUGGGAUGUAGUGCAACAACAACUUUUUUUUUUUAUGUUGAUGAAACCAAAUGUCAGGUGAGGAGAAUACAUUCUCAGAGUGAGGGGGUGUGUGUGUGUGUGUAUGCGCGAGCGUUUCAGUGGAAGCGUUUGACAGAAUGCUGGCAGGUGUGCUCAUCCUUGUUGGGUUGCUCUGAGAUUGUUCUCUCUGCUCCAAGCUUGGGUUCAUGGAGAACUCUUUUCUUUUCCUUUCUUUUUUUUCCCCCUUGGUUUAUGCCUCUGUUACAUUAUGGUGUGUGUGAAUGAAGCCAAACUUACAAAGAAACUGCAAAGCACCCACAGGGAGGAGCCCUGGCCACAGAUCUCAUACACACACACACGAACACACACACACCACACAAACAGCCCCUCAAUGGAGGGGCCUUGGCACUCAUGAGCCAGCCGGUUGGUUUGCUCCUCGACAGCACACCAAUUUCUCCACUGGAGAGGGAGGGAGACAGACAACUUCGCUCUUGUCUUCCUCUUGCUUCUGACUUGCCUCUUUGUCUGCCUUUAUCUUUUGUUGUCUUUGAAGGAACUGCCUUCUCUUGUAUAGAAUUAAUGAAAUAAUAAUUAAAAAAAAAAAGAUGUGCA